AACACCAUCAACUCCCAACUCAUUACAUUACUACUCCAAAGCAAAAGCAUAGAGAGAAGAGGAAGGGGAGCGCAAUCGAGCAAUGGAGGCUGCUCAUCAUCAUAAGCUCUCGAAUCGGCCGUGGAGGAGCUCUGCUCACUCCUUACUCGGCCUUCUCUUUGUGGUGGUGAUUCUUUCUUUAGCUUCCUUCUCAGACGCUGAAACUCACUAUCAUGAAUUUGUGAUUCAAGCAACUCCAGUGAAGAGGCUGUGCAGGACUCAUAGUACCAUCACCGUGAAUGGGCAGUUCCCUGGCCCAACCUUGGAAGUGAGGGACGGAGAUUCCCUCGUCAUCAAAGCCAUCAACCAAGCUCGUUAUAACAUCACCCUUCAUUGGCACGGUGUUCGCCAGUUGCGCAACCCAUGGGCAGAUGGCCCCGUAUACGUGACCCAGUGCCCAAUCCAACCUGGUGCAACUUAUACCUACCGCUUCACCAUCCAGAAUCAGGAGGGGACUCUAUGGUGGCACGCUCACAGCCAGUGGCUCCGAGCUACCGUCUAUGGAGCCCUCAUCAUCUAUCCUAGGUUGGGCAAACCUUACCCCUUCCCCAUGCCCAAGCGCGAGUUCCCAGUCCUCCUAGGGGAAUGGUGGGACCGGAACCCGAUGGACGUGCUGAAGCUUGCACUCUUCACAGGUGCUGCUCCCAAUGUCUCUGAUGCAUACACCAUCAACGGCCAACCCGGAGAUCUCUACCGGUGCUCCAGCAAAGAAACCACAGUUUUCCCAGUGGGAGCAGGGGAGACGAUUCUCCUCAGAAUCAUCAAUGCUGCACUCGAACAAGAGCUCUUCUUCUCUGUGGCCAAUCACAUGCUGACAGUAGUCGCAGCCGACGCAGCCUACACCAAGCCCUUCACCACAAACGUCAUCAUGAUCUCUCCUGGCCAGACCACGAAUGUCCUCCUCACGGCCAAUCAGGCUCCCGGCCGCUACUACAUGGCUGCACGGGCCUACCAAACAGCUCAGAAUGCUGCCUUCGAUAACACCACCACCACCGCUAUCCUCCAAUACAAGUCUGCCCCUUGCGGUGGCAAGAAAGGCCAACCCGCCUCCACCCCAAUCCUCCCGAGCCUACCCGCCUUCAAUGACACAGCCACUGCAACAGCCUUCACCGCGCAAUUCCGAAGCCCUUGGAAGGUCAAAGUGCCCUUACAGGUUGACGAGAACCUAUUCUUCACCGUUGGGCUUGGGCUGAUCAACUGCUCCCGGCCUAGCCCCCGGUGCCAAGGACCCAAUGGGACCCGAUUUACCACCAGCAUAAACAACGUUUCCUUUGUGUUGCCAAGAGCCAAUUCCUUGAUGCAGGCCUACUAUCAGAACAUGCCAGGAGUCUUCACAACUGAUUUCCCUCCGUCACCCCCAAUCAAGUUUGAUUACACUGGAAACGUGAGCCGAGGGCUGUGGCAACCCGUGAAAGCGACUAAGCUGUACAAGUUGAAGUACGGGUCCCAAGUACAAAUUGUGAUGCAGGACACGAGCAUCGUAACUACUGAAGACCACCCAAUGCAUCUCCAUGGAUACCAAUUUGCAGUGGUCGGGAUGGGAUUUGGGAACUUCGAUGCAAGGAGGGACACUCCCAAGUUCAAUCUCGUGGACCCGCCAAUGAGAAACACCAUCGGCACCCCUCCUGGCGGAUGGGUGGCCAUCCGAUUCGUGGCCGAUAACCCCGGAGUGUGGUUGAUGCAUUGUCAUCUUGAUUCGCAUCUAAUAUGGGGUCUCGCUAUGUCUUUCUUGGUGGAGAACGGGGUCGGGGAGUUGCAGACAGUACAGCCUCCGCCAUUGGAUCUUCCACGCUGUUAAAGCAUCAUCAGCAGAAUCCCAAAAAUAAGUAGAUUUAUUAUGAGUGAUUGUAGUGAUUGUUCAACCAAAUAUGGUCCCAUUGUUUGCUUGAUCAGUUGUGUUUCUUCCUUCCAUUUCCAGCAUUUACUUCAUAUUUGUAAAAACUCUCGAUCCAUUUCGACGGGAGAAUAGUGCCAUUUGAAACUAAGAAUGUGAUUCUAGAUAUACAAUUGAUUUCGCGACUCUGUGCUUAUACCCUCAAA